GCAGCAGGAGCAGGCAGGCGGAGAGAGGAGGGCUGCUUCGCUUUUCCUUUUUUCCGAGGCUGAGCUGGUUCUGGGGGCUGUUUCAAUCAAAGGGAAGGCAGAGGGAAGGGAGGCUCUGCGGAGACAUGUAAGAUGGCAGAGCUACAAAUGUUGUUAGAGGAAGAGAUUCCGGCCGGGAAAAGAGCGCUGGUGGAGAGUUACCAGAACCUGACCAGAGUAGCGGACUACUGCGAGAACAACUAUGUCCAGGCCCAGGACAAGAGGAAAGCUCUGGAGGAGACCAAAGCCUACACCACCCAGUCCCUGGCCAGCGUGGCCUACCAGAUCAAUGCCUUAGCCAACAACGUGCUGCAGCUGCUGGACAUCCAGGCCUCGCAGCUGCGGCGCAUGGAGUCCUCCAUCAACCACAUCUCUCAGACGGUGGACAUCCAUAAAGAGAAGGUGGCCCGGCGAGAGAUCGGGAUCCUGACCACCAACAAGAACACGGCGAGGACUCACAAGAUCAUCGCGCCGGCGAACAUGGAGCGGCCGGUCAGGUACAUCAGGAAGCCCAUCGACUACACCGUGCUGGACGACGUCGGCCACGGAGUGAAGUGGCUAAAGGCCAAGCAGCAUGGAAACAAUCAGGCAAUCCGAGCAGGAACACUAUCGAGGACCAACCCGCCGACGCAGAAGCCGCCCAGCCCGCCCAUGUCGGGGCGUGGCACGCUUGGACGCAACACGCCCUACAAGACCCUGGAGCCGGUGAAGCCGCCCACUGUGCCCAACGACUACAUGACCAGCCCCGCUCGAAUAGGCAACCAGCACGGCCAGCAGCACAGCCCCGGACGCACGGCGUCGCUCAACCAGAGGCAACGCACGCACAGUGGAAGCAGCGGCGGCAGCGGCAGCCGGGAGAACAGCGGCAGCAGCGGGAUCGGCAUUCCCAUCGCCGUGCCUACACCCUCCAUCCCCAACUCGGGACCAGUCCCGCCCAUGCCCGCUCCCCCCGGAGCUCCUCCGCCUCCCCCACCCCCCGCUCCCCCUCCUCCCCCUCCCCUCAUGGCCGGGGGAGCCCCUCCGGCACCACCUCCACCUCCUCCACCGCCACCGCCACCCGCAGCGGUGGCUCCCGGCCCCGGUCUGGGCCCCGCUCCCAUGUCCCAGUUCGGAACCAUCUCCCGGCAGAUUUCACGGCACAACCCUUCCAACUCCUCUGUCUCUAUGGUUUCGGCCACGGGCACCUACCGCCGGGCGCCGUCGGUCACUUCCCAGUUCUCCUUGCAGCAGCAGCAACAGCUACAGCAGCAGCAACUACAGCAGCAGCAGCAGCAGCAGCAGCAGCAGAAUCAGCAGCCUCACAUUAAUGGAGGCACUCCUGGCUACGGCCAGAACUCAAUGUCUAUCGCUCCUCCUCCUCCCCCCAUGCCCCAGCUGACUCCACAGAUACCUCUGACUGGCUUUGUGGCCAGGAUGCAGGAGAGCAUCGCCGACACUCCGACUCCGCCUCCGCCGCCCCCUCCGGAUGACCUGCCCAUGUUCGACGACUCUCCUCCCCCGCCGCCGCCUCCCCCGGUGGACUACGAGGAGGAGGACGCCGCCGUGGUGCAUUACAACGACCCCUACGCCGACGGCGACCCCCAGUGGGCUCCCAAGAACUACAUCGAGAAAGUGGUGGCCAUCUACGACUACACCAGGGACAAGGACGACGAGCUGUCCUUCAUGGAGGGCGCCAUCAUCUACGUGGUGAAGAAGAACGACGACGGCUGGUUCGAGGGCGUGUGCAACGGCGUCACCGGCCUGUUCCCCGGCAACUACGUGGAGUCCAUCAUGCACUACGCCGACUGAAGGGACCGCCUAUUUAUUCAGUCAUAUCAUCGUCCACCCAGAGGCUGACCGCAGCACUCUCGACUUAACUGAACCCCACCCCCACCCCAACCCUUUUUGAUAUGACAGAAUGUUCUUUCCCUGAAUGAAAUGAAAAAAGUUAAUAUCUAUUUGAGUUUAUUUUGGUGUUACGGGGACGGGUCGGGGACAUUUAUGGAAUAUGUUAAA